UGACGCAGCUGAUAUCGAAGAGAUGUGGGGACGAUUCAAGGAGGUCUACAACGAGAGUGCCAAGAAGGUGCUGGGAGAGAAGAAGAGAGUGAAGAAAGACUGGAUCAGGGGGAAGACCUACAGGAAGAUUGAAAAGAGACGAGGGUUAAAGGAGAAGAUGGGAUGUACACGGUCUGCCCGCAUGAAGGAAAGAACUGCUGUUGCAUAUGCUGUGAAGGACAAGGAAGUGAAAGCCAGCGCUCGGGCAGACAAGCGGAGAUGGUUGAACGACUUAGAAGAAGACGCUGAGACAGCAGCCAGAAACAACUGCAGUGGUGACCUGUACCAGAUCUCUAGAAAGAUAGCUGGACAAGGAAGGAAAAUGACUACCAUCAAAGAUAAAGAGGGCAGGCAUCUUGUAAAUGAAGACGAAGUCUUUCAAAGGUGGAGGGAGCACUUUAAGGAAGUUUUGAAUGUACAACGACCUGACAUACCCCUACCAGUAAUAGAUCAAGCACCUGAGGUUAUCACAAGCAUCGACACUGGUGACAUCUCAAUUGCUGAAGUUAGGAAAGCGAUCCACCGUCUGAAGAAUGGCAAGAGUUCAGGGAUAGAUGGCAUCAGUGCCGAGUUGCUCAAGUGCUCCGAGAAGGAUGCUGUGAAACAACUCCACUUACUUUAACACAAUCUGGAAAGACC